GUACUACAGUGUAUUUAACUGCAAGAUUAUAUCUGUUAAAGAAGUUUACAUAUUCUGUAAACGUAUCUUUUCACAUUUCAGAGUGAUACUGGAUAUCAACAAAAAUGUAUCCCAGUAACUACCCUAGCAACAACUCAGCAUACCCAAUUGGAUCAGCUUAUGCACAGCCACCCCCUAAUUCAGGACCUCCCCCACCCCCAGGAACAUACGGAGACUACAGUGCCUACAAUGUGAACCCAUAUGGAGGUGCUCCUGUCUAUGGUGCGGGUUACAAUGUACUGGCCGUACAGCAAUGUGCUCAGAUGAACCAGGCAUACACACAACAGGCGCCCGCUCCACUGAUGAUUCCGGCAUCAACACAGGUCAACCAGUACAAUGAACAACUCAUGCGCUUUCAGCAGGAACAGCAGCAGCAGAUGAUGAAGAUGUUCAAAGAUCUGCUUGCUGCACAGAGUGGAGGCCAGGCCGACCAGGCUGUACAGGAAAGCCAGAAGCCCUCCGAGGAAAAACAGGAGUACAUUCCAGAGCUGCCGCCUGCAGUCGCUAUACCUGAGGAAGGUAAUGAUGAUGGAAAGUUGAAAGAAAUGAUGCGACAAGCAUUCAUUAACGAGUUGAUUCGCAGACAGCGAGUGUCUGGCACGUUUGAUCUGACAGAAGGAACUGUGAAGCCCAUGAAGAUGUAUUCAAGUGAUGAUCCUGUUGCUGAUUGGUCGAGAUCCAAUGAUGACCUUGACCUGGUGGGGAAGAACUGGGAUCCAGAGAGCGAUUGUAAAUAUCUGCGAGCUGCAAUGAAGGGUGCUGGUACAAAUGAAGCGGCCAUUACCCAUGUUACAGCGACCAGGAGUAACACACAGAGGCAGCAGCUCAAGAAAAUGUUUAAAACUAUGUAUGGACGGGACUUGAUUGAAGAUAUAGCCAGUGAGCUGAGUGGAGACUACAAAGAAUCGGUGAUGGCUUGCUUUGUGUCCCCGGCUUUCUACGAUGCCUGGUGUAUUAAGGAAGCAAUCUACGGUCCUGGCACUGAUGAACAGACUCUCAUAGAGAUUCUCAUGACAAGAACUAAUGCACAGAUUGAAGAACUCAAAAGUGUGUAUGGAGAUGUGGUGAGUCCUCACCGGAAGGUAUCAAGCUCAAAACUUGAAGACGAUAUCAAAGGCGACUGCAGUGGAGACUUCAAACGUUUGCUCAUCUCAGCAUCACAGGGCAACCGUUACGAAGUAACUCGAGAACAGCUGGAGGGUGCGGUGGAGGAGAUUGUAAAUGAGGAGGGGGUGGGGACGGGGAUGUUCCAGAUCAACUACAACAAACUGUGUGACAUGGAGGCUGCUAGACGGGACGCCCAACGUCUGUACAAGGCCGGCGAGAAGCGGUGGGGCACCGAUGAGGAGGAAUUUAACCUGGUCUUCUCAACAAGACACUACUACCAGCUGAGGGCGGUCUGGGAGGAGUACGUGAAGUUGGAGGAGUACGUGAAGGAGAGUGGUUUUACUUACUGUCAUGGGAGGAUUGGAGGAGUACGUGAAGGAGAGUUGUUUUACUUACUGUCAUGGGAGGAGUACAUGAAGGUGAGUGGUACGUCAAGGGAGGAGUACGUGAAGGUGAGUGGUUUUACUUACUGUCAUGGGAGGAGUAUGUCAAGUUGGAGGAAGGAGAGUGUUUUACUUGGAGGAGGAGAGUGGUUUUACUUCUUGUCAUGGGAGGAGUACGUGAAGGAGAGUGGUUUUACUUACUGUCAUGGAGGAGUACGUGCAGGGUACAUGAAGGUGAGUGGUUUUACUAACUAUGAGGAGUAUGUCAAGGUGGUGGUUUUACUUACUGUCAUGGGAGGAGUACGUGAAGGUGAGUGGUUUUACUUACUGUCAUGGGAGGAGUACGUGAAGGUGAGUGGUUUUACUUACUGUCAUGGGGGAGGAAGACAUCACUCAACGAGGAACUCUGACUUCAAAGCAGGACUAAGGGCCAUUGUAAUGAACAUCAGGUGUCGACCCAUGUAUUUUGCCCAGCGCCUGAUGAAAGCAAUGAAGGGACUUGGAACUGACGACAGCUCCCUAAUCCGAUUGGUCGUGUCGAGGUCAGAGAUUGAUAUGGUGCAGAUUAAGAAAUGUUUCCUGGAGCUGACCAACCAAACACUGUGGAACUACAUUGAACACGACUGCAGUGGAAACUACAAAAAACUACUUGAAGCAAUCGUUGGCAAAAAUUAACUGAAAAAUGGAAAUUCAACAUCAAUAUUCAGGGACAUGGGGAGGGGAGGUGUGUGCUAGUACUAGACAUUCAAAAUUCUUGGCAUAGGUUGUGGAGACAUCAAGUGAUGAACCAAAUGAAUGUAUUCUUGCUACCACCAGCUUAUGGCAGUUUACAUCACAGUUAAACAUGGUAAGGGUGACGGGGAGAUAUGAUUUUUUUAUAUAUAUGAUAGAGUGGAAAAUUGUCAAGAGAAAAAUUGGACAUAUCAUGUUAAAGAGGAAUUGAUUAAUAUGGGAUUUUCGUAAUUAUUGGUUUAGUCAAGAUCUACAUUUAUCAUAUUUACCUGUAAUCAAAAAAAUAUUUUUAGACCAAACUUUUCAAUAUAUUAGAAGAGAAAUUGUUAUGUCACCAAAAUGCACUAUGUAUAAAUAUUUUACAGAUUUAAUCUGCAAUUUUAUUUACGAAAACCACUUCCAAUACUUUAUAGAAAAUACAUUUCAAAAUUUAAAUCAAUUGUUAUCUCAUAUGUUAUCAAUUGAAACUGGAAGAUAUAGUUGUAUUAUGUUUUCACUGUUUAAAGGAUGUGGAAGAUGACUUUCAUUUUAUUUUAAAAUGUUCUGUAUAACAUUAUUUAAGAAAAAAUACAUUAAGCCUUAUUAUUGGAAGAAAACAUCAUAUUUCAAAUUAUAGCAAACUUUUAUAUAAUGUUGUCAUUGUUGAAAAUAUCAAACAACUGUAAUUUUGGAAAAUAUUUAUUUAAAGCUGCCAAAUUAAGUAAACAACUUGUUAAAAAGCAUUUCCCUUUCACAGGUAGAGUUAAGUAUGUUUCUCGUCUGGUAUGUGUACUUAUUUAUCAGUCUGUUUGUCCUGUAGUUAGUGUUUGUAGGCCUGUGUUACAUACAGAUGAGCUGUAAAACUCAAUGUCAAUAAAGAACUUACAAUUCA